AUGCCACUCCUCAAAGUGAGAACGGAUCUACAAGAGAAAAGUACUUCUGAAGAAAAAACAUCAUUUGAAAUGAACAAGGUUUUCAUUAAAGAGGAACCAAAACCAGACGAAGAUGAAGCUGAGACAAGUGAAACAUCUGAUCCGGCAGUUCAAAGUGAUCGUCUACAAAUUUACUGUCAAAAGUGUGAUAAAUUACGGAAUCGAGUUAAAGGCGAGACCCCUAAAGUCUGUGUAGAAUGCGGUACUCCUCUGCAAUAUCAGUGCACGGCGUGCAAACGCAUGUACAAAAGUUUAGGCGGGCUCUAUACCCAUCAGAACUAUCAAUGCGAGAAAGAGCCGCAUAUUUUUUGCGACAGCUGUGAUUAUAAGACAAACUUCAAGAGCAAUCUCGAGGCGCACAUAAGAAACAAUCAUACCAAACCCAAAAAAACCUGUCUCAGAUGCGGUGAGACUUACAGCGACAAACACGCGAGUCAACACGCGAAAAUAUGCGGUACGCCGUUUUAUUACUCCUGUAACCAAUGUAGCUACAGAACUCAUUUGAAGCAUUACUUGCGUAAUCACGAGAAAAAUGUUCAUGAAAAAGUAGCAGAGAAAGACAAACGAUAUGAGUGCAUGGCUUGCAACAAGCGUUUUGACAAAAUUCCAACAUUAGUGGCGCAUAAGCGUUACUGCGUUAUUAAAACUACAGAGACGUAA